AUGGUAGGCACUGAUGAUUUCGCCGUAGCCACCGUCUCGUUUGACACCGAUGAAGUUGCAAUACCUCGUACCAUUCGUUUUUGGCUUCUCCUAUUGUUAGACAUUCCAUCGAUCAUUUGUACUUUUUUCAUACUUUAUCAUCUUCUUAUCGAUCGAAAUCUUAGAUGGCAAUUAAAUAAUCACAGUACAAUUAUUUUGCUUCUUUUUGGAUUAACGAUUCAAUUGAUUGAUAUUCCAUUAAAUCUGGAUUUUAUCGCCAAUUCAGGUCGUGUGAGACCAUCAAAUUCGAUUUUAUGCCGUUUUUGGUGGAUAGUUGACAUCGGUUUUUACAAUGGAAUCACCAUCAUUAUGGCAUGGAGUGCUUUCGAACGUCAUAUUCUCGUAUUUCGCGACCAAUGGGUCUCAACAAGGAGAAAACGUUUUCUCCUGCACUACCUUCCAUUAAUCAUUCUCUUAUGUUACAUCUAUAUCUUCUAUGUUAUGGUUAUCUUCUUCCCACCUUGCCAGAACCGUUAUAACUACACCCUACCUGUGUGCAAUAACUUUCCGUGCUAUUUACAUGAUCCUAUUCUUGGUAAAUGGGAUUCAUGUGUUAAUAAUAUACUUCCAACGGUAUUAAUUAGUUUGUUCGUUGUGACAUUAGUUCAUCGAGUUUAUCGACAGAAACGUCGUCUUAAUCAGCCGAUCCAGUGGCGAAAACAGCGUAAAUUAAUUAUCCAAUUAGUUCCGAUUUCUGUUCUGUAUCUUAUUGUUAACAUUCCCCUUAACUUUCUUAUUUUUGUUCAUCUAUGCGGUGUGUUAGAACAAAGCGGUGGUGACGUGCAACUCACAUUUGACUUCUUGGGUUAUCUACUCAUUCUCAGUUUUCCCUUUGUAAAUCUUGCGUCAAUAUCAGAAUUACGUAAGAAAACAAGUCUCCAACGUCUGUUUUCAAUGCGAACACAACGGCGAGUUGCUACUACAGCACAUACAUGUAAACUGUGA